AUGACCCUUUUCAAUCCGACCUCCAUUCUCGUGGGAUUCCUCCUGCUCUACCUCUCGUCUUUCUUCGUCUUCGCUAUCGUUCGCAUUGCAACCGGAAUAUCGAUCCAGCGCAUCGGAUACUUCUCCCUCCGCCGCAUCGCUUAUACCCCGAAGGAAGGCCUACACAUUGAAAUCCGCGGUCUCGGGUUCUCGUUACAUCCCCCAUCCUUUGCGCAGCCGACAUGGAUCAGUGUUCGGUUGACGGAUUUGAAGGUGACGCUAGAUACGGCCACGCUGUCUAAGGGAAAGCCUGAGCCAUCUCGAGAUUUGCUGGGAUCACCACCCUUCCCCGAAGACACAGCAGCCUUUGAUUCGUCCACCCCGCGGAGCAAAACAUGGAGGACCCUGACCCGGAUAAAGGAGCGUCUCAAGCGUCUCCACAGACAAAUUAAUUGGCUUGCUCUAGUCGACCUCAACGCCGUCAAUACCACCGUCGCCUUCUCCGAUGCCGGUCAGAUUCAAGUUGGGUCACUCUCGCUAACCGUGGACACCCGAAGUAAGAUGGUGGAACGUGGCAAGCUCUUCCGUCGCAAGAAGGAUAUGUCUCGUGAACAGCGUCCGGCUGAAUGGAUCAUGAAUGUACAAAAUGUCCUUCUUGCCGUUGACGGCCGCGACCCGAUUGAGAUUCUGGAUAACGUUGGGGGACUUCGCGAUGCCUCGGUGGCUCUCAAAAUUGGACGACUACACGUGCCAUACGAUGAUAUCCGAUUGCUGAUGCAACGCAUCAAGUCGUCUCAGAAGGCAACAGAAAAGGGAUCCACGAACAACGAGACGGACGACGUGAUGUCCUUCGCGGACUUUGUGGAGGAACUGGACAAGCCUGGCAGUCGCAAUGAUAAAAUCGUUCAGACGGUGGCAGAUUCAAAGGAGUUUGCAAGCUCUCUUCUUCGUGGUAUCCAGGAGAUCCAGGUAGCUUUGAGCUUCUUUCGUCUCUCCCGUGGUCUCGAAUCCCUUUCCGCUGGCCGAAAUCCCGUUUAUUUUAACGUCGUUUCACACGAGAUUGGUGUCGAUCUUCACCGAAUGGAUCAGAAGGGCCCGGAGCAUCGCAUGUACUUCCAGCGAAAUGACGUUGCUCACCAAGCACUGCUCGCCGCCAUCUCCCUUUCUGUCAGCUUGGACGACGACUCCGGAGAGACCGACAACAUACUUUACAUACCUAUGGCCACAACGACCAUCAAAACCACACUUCCGGCGAAGACCGUGAGCGCUUUCGAAGAAGCAAAUGCAGAAGAGCGCAACUCCAAUGUCUUCUUCGCUAAUCUCGUCAUUACAUCACCUUCUCUCGACAUGCAGCCCCAGCAUGUCUCUCGACUCUUGAAACUGGCACAGACGCGGGCGUCUCAUCCUAGGUCGAAGAAGCGGGACAACCACAAUCUGAUCUCACGUUUGCUGCCAAAGGCAAGCAUUAAGCUGUCUGUCCAUGAACCGGUUCUUCGAUUUGUCUUGCCUAUCGAGAAAGACGCUGGCAAAUCUGAUGACUACAAUCUCCUGAUCUCUUCCAUCUCUUCGAUUUCACUUGACAUCGAAUCCUCUCACUCUUCUGAUGGAGGUGCACACUAUUCUCUCUCGGCUGUUUAUCGAGUGGCGUCCCACAAAUUCUAUUACCAGACACCCGCGGGUAACAAGCACAAUCUGCUGACAACUGAAAACAUGGAGCUCAAAGCUCAUCUCAAUGCGAGCCCGGAAUUGUGUGUCAUUGCCUCGGGCAGCUUGAACGAGUGCUCAGUACACAUGAUCAAUGGUGAUGUCAAUCGAGGAAUUCGCCAAGUCCUUGAACAAUUUCGAACGCAUCUGCAGCCGCAAAAGCGGGCUGCAAUGCCAUUUGAACGCAAGAUGAGCCCCUUGCGGCGAAUUCCGUCAUGGCUACUUCAAUUUACAUUCGAGUCCACAGGCUUUAGUUUGGAAGUCGCUGGUGUCGACAAUUCGGUCUCCGAAAUCUCCCGCGGCGUUUCUCUGCAACUGCAAUCUUGGACAGCCGAAUACAAAGCCCAAAAAACCGAGCACGCUACUGGUAGCAUCGCCCGGCGACGUACAUCCAGCCAUUCCACAAUUGGCGACGAGUCACCAUUUAGAUUCACGCCAACGUCACCUCCGAGAAAAACACAGCGCGGCGCCACAGACGGUCGACGUCUGGCAUUCCAUGUGCGUGGGUUUGACGGAUUCGUCAUCGAAUCGGAUGAUUACCUUGAGUCUGAGCCGUUCUUCUCCCUUCCUCGCUUUGAAAUCGCAUUGAGCACUCAGAGCGAUCGAAUGGGACCAGUCCUUCAUAUAACUUCCACUUUCAAGGGUAUUUAUCUUCAAUACUCGUUCUAUCGAUUCUAUUGUUUGGGCGUUGCGAUUUCGGUGAUUCAAGAUGUCCUUACGCCUUCGCCCCAGCAUGUCUCGCAGUCUACACCGAAAUCCAGAGGCCCCCCGAGCAUAUCGAUGCCUCCACCGCCGCUAUCAUCUCCCUCUCAAAAGGGGGAGCUGAUCACUGCCGAUAUCAAGGCGACAGUCGUCCAACUCAAGGCCUACCUACCCAAUGACCCUCCCAUGAUGCUCCAGAUUUAUGGAUUAGCUGGUAGCUCCCAUCGCCUUUCCACCCCUCACAUGAAAGCAAACCUUGUCCGUCUACAUGCCGAGGCGCCCAAGCUCAAGGGUGUAUGGGCAAGAAUCGGAAGCAUGAACAAUGUAAGGCUUGAUUUCCGCAGGAUGAAAAUGAAGCAGUCCGGCCUAUUCACUGAGGAGAGAUCCAUUGAUGUGACAGCUGACUUCAUUCGGCUGGGUGUUCCUCACCACAUGGUAAUGCACCGCAUCUUCGAUAAUUUGAUCAACACGUCCAAGGCCUUCAAACAGUUGCACCACCGCUUCAAGAAACGGUGCAGAGAUUUCGGAUCCGUCCGAGAGCCUGAGGGACCAAAAAAUGUGCCCAGAAUUUCACUUCGCAGCAAAGCUCUCCUCUUCGACAUGGAAGACGAUGCUUUCGAAUGGAAGCUGGGCCUCAUCUAUCGGACCGGCUUGAUUGAGCAAUCCCAGCGCAUUGCUCGUGAAGAGGCGUUUUCACUGAAAGCAUCAAAGAUCAGGGAGUCGGAUCAAAAGCGUUCUGCAUCAAGACUGCGUGCUAGAUCAAGUCACCGAACUCUGCGCAGUGAACGAACGAGCCAAGACACCCGGAGAAGCAGAAGUGCCGAUUCGCGACCAAAAGAGGAAAAGCAGCCUCCGCAAAACCAUCAUGGCCGGGGUCGAAAGUUCCGAUAUGACACGGAAGGUGCGACCUGCCUGUCUUCAGAAUACAAAAUUUCCACCGAGACGGCAUGGAACCGACUGCAACACCACAACAGUCAGGUUUGGAAGGAGAAGAUUGAUGCCGCACUUAAGUUCCAGGGAACAUCCAUCAAGGAGGUGCGCAACCUGUUUUCUGGUGCCGAUGAGCCACCCGACGACGCGAAAGAGACGGAGACCAUUCUUGCUCUUCCAAAUAGACCAGGUCUGAUGUCAGUCCUCAUCAGUGAUCUGAAUCUUAUUAUCGACAAGCCUUCGUUCCCCAUUGACGAGCUACCCACAUUCCUCAACCACAUCGGGAAGGGAAUGCCCUUGGAUAUGAAGUAUGGUUUGCUUAUUCCGAUGAGUUUCAAUCUCGAAAUGGGCGAAGCCCGAGUAAAUCUAAGAGAUUAUCCUCUGGAACUGCUGCAUGUUCCAGCCCUGCGACCUGGACAGUCUCCAAGACUCCCUAGCUGGUCAUUACGGACAAACUUUGUCAUCGCCGAAGAAUUUCGAGACCACGAAUCCGCAAGACAAGUGGAAGUGGAACUUGUGCCUUCAGCUGAAUUACCAGAUAAGUCAAAGACCGAUCCUUUCUACAUCAAGGUCUGGCGCUCCGUGUCACCGGUCAAGACGUAUUCGGAUCCCACAAUUGAGAUCAAUACAAGCCUUCCAACGAGUAUCUCAUGGGGUGUCUCAUACCAGCCAGUCAUUCAAGACAUGAUGAAGAUCAUCGAGGGUUUCACCAAACCAGAAAUCGACCCUUCUGAGCGGGUAGGCUUCUGGGAUAAGAUCCGUCUAAGUUUCCACUCCCGAAUCAGGGUUCUUUGGAAGGAGGACGGCGACGUACAUCUGCGCCUGAAGGGUUCACGCGAUCCAUACGUUGUGACAGGAUUCGGAAGCGGCUUUGUGAUGUGUUGGCGGAGAGAUGUCAAAUGGGAAAUCCAUACCAGCGAUGACCCUAUGGAGUUCAUGAGUGUCACCAGUGGCGAGUAUGUACUCGCAAUACCUGACUACAGCGCAGAAGCUAGAUGGGCCAACGAAUCGACGUCGGCGGAAGAUCUGGACAAUAGUUCAGCAUCCAGCGAGCAGAAGAAUGCGGCUCAUUUCAAGAAGGUUAUCAUGAAGCUUUCAGGUGACGUGAAGUGGUCAACUGGAUUGGUCUUUGAACGUGAUUUUGAUGACGAUUCACGGUCCUUCUCAUUUCGACCACACUACGAUGUCGUUCUUAAAAACCCCAAGUACGUCAACAUUGAGAAGCGCAAGAAUUACGAUGCGUUCCGUGGUUUCCGCAGUGACCAUAUUCACCUGUCUGUUUCGAUCGUUGCGCCUCAAUUCCGGAAUUGGACUGUCGAUGAUGUCCAAAAAUCGUCAAGCUACAACACCAUCCACCUUACUCCUCGCUUCUUCACCCACUUUUUCAACUGGUGGUCCCUCUUCUCCGGCGUUAUGUCUCUCCCUGUUCGCCAGGGUCCAUUGUUCCCUGGUAUCACAAAGACAAGCAAAAAGUUCAAUCGACAUUUGGCAACUGUCAAAUACAAGAUCCUGCUUGCCCCUCUGUUUGUGGCCCACAUGUACAAGCACAAAGACCGCGAGGACUAUUCCGAGAAUGCUGUGACUGCUACUGGCCUCAAGGUUCGCCUAGACUCCUUGAAGCUUGACAUUCAUCAGCGACGUGAAAUAAUCAAGACCCACACUCGUGGCCGCACAAAGCAAACCCAGACAACUGCGAUGCGCAUGAAUGAGGCUCUGAUUGAUUUGCAAUCUGCCGAUUUCCGGGCCGUCUCCGCCACUAUUGAAGGCACCUCUGCUGACGAUAUUGAGAAGAAUAGCGAUGAUAUUAUCUCCACUUUCCAGAAUCCGCUGCCAUCUGUUGAUCUCUCCCGGUUCACAAUCCCGGAUCAGAAUUUGGAUUGGAUUGACAUGGAUGAUUUCGUGGAACCUGACUGGAUUCUUCCUCAAGAAUCAAAUCCAAAGACCCAAAUUCUGCCUCUUGCUUUCACACCGCGUUUCACCUACUUCCGUCAAACAGACCACGGUGAUAUAGAGCCGGGGCAGACUGGCUACAGUACCUUUGGGCACGAGCCAACCCACGAAUGCGUCAUGUCAGAGACCAACGAUCCUCGCCGCGUACAGAUUGAACUGACCAAGGACCGCCUUGCAAUCAUUGAGGGCCAAAUCCGCAACUAUGAGCGAAUCAUUGGCGAGCAAAAGUUGAAGCUGACAAUGGAUGUUGACCAUGAUCCGGCAUUGAAAGAACAACAUGAGGUCUACCUCCGUCAAAUGGAAUCCCUGACGAGGCGACGAAAAUUCUUGAGCUCUACUCUCAGCCGACUCGAGAGACAUUUGGCGCGCGAUGAGCGAACUCCACGGACCAACAAUCUGGGCGAUAACCCGGCUCCUAGCAAUGCUUCGUCUCGGACGGGCUUGACGGGCAUGGAUGGGGAGGAUGGUCGAGCUUCCGGAAUUGACGGUCUAUAUUCCUCAGCCGCCGAUGACUUUUCAAGCGACUUCAACAAUCGUUUCAUGAUCCACAAUGUUCAAUUGAAGUGGAACAACUCACUUCGAAACAUCAUUUUGCGGUAUAGCCAUCAGGUCAGCCAGCGGCGUGGUUUCGUCUACUACAUGUCUCGACGCGCGGUUAAGUUCAUUCUCGACAUCGUAGACGAGCAGAACAAGAUUAAGCGAAAGCACCGCAAGAUGUCCAAGACCCAGACUCGCAGUGACAACGAUGAAGAGAAUGUGGAUGACCGUAUCGAGCAGCUGCUCAACGACGCCAAGCGCUAUGUGAAUGCGGAUGAGAACGAGCCCUCAGACUCGAAUACUCAGACGCCCGAAAACUCGGACGGUUCCAGCGAGAACAUCGCGUCAGAAUUCACGCCGCAGAAUAGCUACUACCUCCGACUCAUUGCACCUCAAAUCCAGUUCAUGAGCGAGAAAAACCGCAGAUCCGUCUUACUGGUGGCUGCCAAGGGUAUGGAGCUCAAGGUUGUCUCCAUUAUGGACAAGGAGCGUGUCUCGGACGAUGUUAGCGGCUUGGUGCAGCGUCGAUUCUCUCUCGAAAUGGAUGGUGCCCAAUUCUUUGUCGCAACGCAGAAAAAUCUCAUGGCCAACCUACAAUUAUAUGCUGGCAACAAGUACGGCAAUGCACCGGGAUCCGCGUGGCCUCCUUGGUUGAAUCUGGAGGCCAUGUUCGACUUUGAGCUCAAUCCUUUUGGCUUCUCUCGCAUCGUGCAGAAGACCUCCGCCAGUCUCCGUUAUGACAAGUAUAACAAUCUUCGAUUGAAAUACAACGAGGAAGUCGCCAAGGGCCACCAGGGGCCACACCCGGGCGAGGAAUCUCGUAUGGAUCAGAUCAGUGUCGACUUCCCCCACUUCCGAGCCAUUUGCGACUCGGCAGAGUACUAUUCCAUGUACAUCAUUGUCUUGGACCUUCUACUUUACAGCGAACCACUCGAAAAGAUCCGGAACGAACGCCUCGAGAAGAUAAUGCUCACUUCCGACUUCAGCGACCUUCGCGGUGCUCCAGAAGCCGUGUUUAAGCUUCAAUCGCGCAUCCGUCAGCUUGAAGAGAUCAAGGAUUACUUCCAGAUCAAUGCCAAAUACCUGGACAAGCGGGGCUGGGAGGACCGGUUGGUUCUCGAGCGCGAUCUCUCUCAAUGCGAGGAUGAGUUGUUCUUCAUGAUGAAGGCGAUCACUACUUCCCAGCGUCGUGCUGACCCCAGCUCGUCCACGAAUGGGGUGUUGCGCUGGAGCAUUUCUGCGAGCGAAGUUGUUUGGCAUUUGAUGAAGGAAGCAUCGGCGCCAUUGGUUGAGUUCCAACUCAAGAAUGCUCAGUAUGAACGUAGAGAUAAUACUGAUGGCUCCAAUCACAACUUUGUAGCCAUUGAACGUAUCAAUGGCUUGAACUUGCUUCCAGAGGCUAUAUACCCUCAGAUCAUCUCGCCGUAUGAAGAGCAGCGAGCUUUGGACGACUUCAUGCUUCGAGUAAAGUGGCACAUGCUCGAAGCUGUGGCUGGAAUUCCUGUCGUUGACAACUUUGAGGUGUCAUUGUUCCCACUUAAGAUCCAGCUCGAACGUGAGCUUGGCCAAAGGCUCUUCGAGUACAUCUUCCCGAACAUGGGCUCCGGCGCAUUCGAAAGUGGCGGCUUCUCGCCUUUCAUGAUCAAGAACAUGAAGCCGCUCGAGGAUGGUGGCGAUGGCGAAGACAGUGAUGAUGAUGGCUCGAACAACCCGUCACUGGCUCAGUCCAUCACUACUGAUGAUGACAGUGUGUUGAUGGAUGACAUGCAAGGGUCCAAGGGUCCGGCCUCCAUCGAGUUGAGACUGCAGCCAACUUUGUCCCUCUCUGAAGAGGGCAGGUCUAGUCGACGCCCGAGUCAGCUCAGGGGCCUUGCCAUGACGCCCAUCCAGAGAAGUAAUACUGCUCUAUUGGGGGUCUCGGACAGCACUCGACAACUACCCCGUCCAGCAACCACCGGUGGUCUCUCGAAAAAGAAAUCCGCAGACAGUCUACGCAUGCUGGGAAGGCAGCCUACCGAAAGAUCUUUGUCUGCCCACAGUACAAGUGCUGGUGAAGAAAAGAAGAAGUUUAGCCUAGGCAAGGGCUCCCGACACACCAAAUCCAAGGAACCUACAGACGACCUUUCACAGAUGAUGUCCCGUGCCUCCAACUACAUGACUUUGGCACGGGUCAAGGUACAUGACGUGGUUCUGUGCAUGAGCUACAAGGGCAAAGGUGAACACAAUUUGGAAGACCUUCACAACUUCGUCUUCCGCCUGCCAGUCCUCGAAUACAGCAAUAAGACAUGGUCAAACCUGGAUCUUGCUCUGCGCCUCAAAAAGGAUGUGAUCAAAGCCCUCAUCUCCCACGCACCUGCCAUUCUCGGCAACAAAUUUUCGCACCACCGUCCUACCAAGCAACAACAGAGGAAGUUCCGCGAGCUUGCAUCGUCGUCGCAACUCCUUCCCAACGCCAACAGCAUUCCGAAUCCCCAGCAGAGCCAGGCUUCCAUUUUGACAGGUUUCGACUCUAACAGCGAGUACUCGCCGUCGCCUUCACGAAAGUCAUUACAGUCGGACGCUUCACCGUUGGCGAGAUCAACGUCUCUGAACUCGGAUACACGUGACGAACCUGAUCCGGACCCUCGUGGCGACUCUCGAUCCGCCAGUGAAGUGGACGUGGAUUCUCGAUGGGAGGAGUCACGCCGAUUUGUCAAUACCAAUGCUCCCCGACCCAUGACUUCCGGCCAAUCCGUGACGUCGGUCCAAGCUAAUGGGGCUGAACAAGAUGACAGGUAA